UUAAGCUUAUCUUUUGGAGAAAGUUAGUUACGUGGUACUAUUACUAUUAGUAAUGAUUUAAUUCUAAUACGGCAACGUUGUUAAAAUGACAGACACAGGCUUUUUUCGUGGUACAAGUGCUGAGCAGGACAAUCGGUUCAGCAACAAGCAAAAUAAAUUAUUAAAGCAAUUAAAGUUCCAUGAAAUCUUGGAAAAAAAGGUGGAUAUGAGAAAAGUGAACUUGGAUAUCAUCAAGCCAUGGAUCACUAAAAAGAUCACAAGUCUGCUCGGAAUAGAAGAUGAUGUGAUUAUAGAUUUUAUCUUCAAUCAGCUUGAGGGUGAGAAGUAUCCUGAUGCAAAAACUAUGCAGAUAAACUUAACAGGAUUUUUGAAUGGAAAAAAUGCUCGUGAGUUCAUGGGUGAGUUGUGGAGCCUUCUUCUGAGUGCAGAAGAAAAUAUUGGUGGUAUUCCAGCACAAUUUAUUGAACAAAAGAAGGAAGAAAUUAAGAAAAGACAGGAGGAACAGGAACAGAUUCAAGCCAAUAUAAAGAAGAUUGAUGAAAAAGAAAAAAGAAAGAUUGCUAGUGAUGUAAAUGGAGAAACUAAAACAGAGACAGAAAAAACCUCAGACAGGUAUAGCCCUAGACCACCAUCAAAAGAUAAGAAGUCUAAGUUUGAUAAAAAACAUUCUUCUUCUACUGAUAGCCAGGAUGAUAAGGAAACAAAGACAAAAAACAUAUCAAGAGAUCAAUCUCGCUCUUCAUCCCCACAGACGAAAAGACAAAGAGAGGGUAAUUACCCACGACGUCAGUCAAAGUCACCUCGACAUAGAUCACGAAGUCCAAGAAGAAGAAUGUCACUAAGGUCACAGAGUCCAAGAAAGAGAUCAUCAUUAAGGAGGUCUCCAGUUAGACGCAGAAGUCCUUCCCAGAGAUCUUCACCCCCACCCACCCGUAAGAAAUCUUUUCCUGCUAGGAAAAAGUCAAUGCGCACUUCUUCAUCAUCAUCAACAUCGUCAUCAUCGAGGUCUUCGUCUUGUUCAUCUGAUAAAGCUGACCUAAAAAAUAAGAAAUCCAGUUCCAUCGAAAAGGAUAGAAAUAGCAAACAAAAAGUUUCUCCAUUGAAAGAAAAAGAGUCGCCUGCUGUAGAUAUUGUAGCAAAGAAAGAAUCUGUACAGAACAAACGUCACUAUCGUUCUCAUGAAAAUCAAGAGUCAAGCAGUUCUGAAAAUGAAUCUGCAGUCAGGAAAUCAGUUGAUGGCAAGAUCAAAAGAAAAGAUGAUAAACCCAGAAGAAGAAGAAGAGAUCAUCAUCUUCGUCUUCUCAUUCACAGUCCCAUUCUCCAGAUCCUGGAAGAAAAGGGCGAUCUAGUUCCUUUUCAAGAGGAAGAAGAGAUUCAUCACCACAACGUAGACGUCCUCCCUUCAGAACUCAACAACAAUUUUAUCACAGAAGACAAUCACCAACUUUUGGUCGAUCUCGUCGUCAAUUAUCACCAGAAAGAAACAGACAGAAUUGGUCUAAUUCUCGCCCUUAUGAUAGAAGACCAGUAUCUCCUGUACACAAAGACUUGGAGCAAUUGAGAGAGCGCAUGAGGGAACGAGAAAGAGCUGAAAGGGAAAGAGCAAGAGACCUAGCAGUAAGGGAACACACAGAGAGAACAAAGGAAAGAGAAUGGGCAGAGAGAGCAAGGGAGAAAGAAAAAGAACAGACAGAAAGAGAAUCAAGAGAGAGGAGAAAAGAAAAAACACGAGAACAAACACAAGAGAGAGAGCAGAAUCUUCAUAGAGAACUAUCUUCCCAAGAGAAAAGAAUGCUAA